UUUUUCUUUCUUUCUUUCUUUUUAUUCUUAUUCCUUUGGAAAAAGUAAUAUUCGGUCAUGGUAACUCCCUUUCCUGAUAAAGAUUACCCUAUUGUCAUUGGCAUCGAUUUCGGUACCACAUACAGUGGAAGUUCCUAUGGUUAUAUGAAUGACAAGGAGAUUACCGACAUUAGUAAAUGGCCAGGCCAACCUGAUUACAGUUAUCCGAAGUGUCCCACGAUCUGUCUAUACAACAGAGAUGAUAAUAAACUUAUUCAAUGGGGUAGAUCAGCAAAAGCCGGAAAAUCCAAAUACCCAAACAUCACAAUUUUGCAGCAAUUCAAAUUAUAUCUGGACGACAAUCUUGAAGGAGUUGUGAGACAGCUACCUUUGAACUUGACGGCAACGGAUAUUAUUGCAGAUUAUCUAUCAAAGUUUUUUGGUUACGUAAAGAUUGAUAUGGCCAAAAAGGGUUUCCACAACAAUUUUGAAAAACAGGCUCGAUUCUGUCUUACUGUUCCAGCCAUGUGGUCUGAUAAAUCAAAGCAAAUCAUGAGAGAGGCUGCUAUUCAAGCAGGUAUCAUCAGUGCUGCCGAUCACCGUGAUCGAUUGAUGUUGAUUUCCGAGCCCGAAGCUGCAGCUCUUUACUGCGAAAGAACUUGUGAUAAGUUUAAUAUGGCCCACGGUGAUGAAUUUAUGAUUUGCGAUGCAGGAGGUGGUACUGUGGAUUUGAUUGUCUUUCGCGUUGAGAUGGAUGCGGCUGGAAAUAGAAAGUUCAGAGAGAGUACAAAGGGAUUAGGAAAGUCUUGCGGGUCGACAUUUAUUGACAGAAACUUUAGAAAGCAUUUGAGAAAAAAGUUGAAGAAGGUCAUCCGCAGAUCCCCAAACGGAAAUAUCGAGAUCCCAGAUGCCCCUUUAGAUCAUAUGAUGGAUGUUUUUGUUGAUAAUCUAAAACCAUUAUUUGACGGUACGGAUGACCUCUAUGCUGAUAUUUCUAUGGGCUUUGACCUGGUCACAAAAACAGAGCCUUCAAUUGGAUUAGACGAAGGACACAUGACAUUUACAAAAGAGGAGUUAAAGAAACAUGUGUUUGAUCCUGUUAUUAGCGAAGUAGUGGAUCUCUGCCGUGAACUUCAAAAGGAAACAACCAGUUUGAAGGCUAUUUUCAUGGUCGGCGGUUUUGGUUCCUCCUCAUAUCUUUACAGCCAAAUGGAAAAGGAGUUUUCUCCCGAAAAUAUUCGUAUCGUUCAGCCAGAUCGUCCUGAAAUGGCAGUUGCUCGCGGUGCCGUGUACUUUGGUAUGCACCCUUCUAAAAUUGCUACCCGUGUUCCAAGAUGUUGGUACGGUAUCGAGAUCACCAAUCUGUUUGAUCCUAUCUUGGAUCCUCCCGAAUACAAAAUUAUUAGACCUGAUGGAAGUAUUCGAUGUGAUAAUAGAUUUUCGACUUAUGUGGAGCGAGGAAAACCUCUUGAUAUCGAUAGUUGUAUCUCGCGUAAUUAUAUCACUUACUACCCUAGUCAUACUGCUUGUACUUUUUUUGCCUCUGAAAGUGAUACUGAGCCAAGAUACACAAUCUCAAAUCACACUACAAAUAUCCGCAAGGUCUUCGAUUUUGAAAUUCCAAUGCCUCCAUUACCUAAUGUCAAGAAGGGCGACCCUGUACCUUUAACAAUCAAGAUGUAUUUCGGUGAAGUAGAACUUCGAGUCGAAGCUGUUAUUGAUGAUCAGACAUAUGCCGUGGUAUGUAAUUUCAAUGCAUAGAAAGAAAAAUAGUGACAGAUAAAAUAAAGGUAUAUUUUUAUUAUUUCUUAU